AUGAGGGGCAGAGUAAGAAUAGAAAUCGAACAUCAUGAUGAGAAUUCUUUUCACACGACCUACCGGGUCGAGAGAUACAUGGAAUAUGCCAAAGAAGUAGAAAGAAAACUGCAAAGGCAUAUGCAGGAGAAGGACAUACCCUGGGAAUUGAAAACAAACCCAGGGCCACCAAAGGGCUGCUCGCCUUUCUGGAACUGCAAGGGUUGGUUCACCACCACCGAAGGUGAGAAGGUGCGCUAUCCUCGCUUGGGUUCCUUUGAGGUCUUUGUAGUGGUGCAACCCGGCUUUGCGCCAAAGACCUCUGGGCUCCCAGAUGUCCUCCAGGUCUGGUCCAAGUUGCAGCUUGGAUGCGGUUUGCCACGUUUUGCAACUGAAGCGGAUUUUUGUGGAUGGUGCCUCAAAGCCAGGCAGUCACGGAAAUGGCCAGAUCCGGAGCGAUUGGCAUCGUCAGUGGCUGAACUCCUCUCUGCCGCAGUGGAUGGACAGGAGGUGGGCGAGGAGAUUCGUGAGAUCAAGGGACGCGUGUCUCAAGGUCCCAAGGUCCAGCCACCAUUGACCUCCAUCCAUCCGCCCAUGUUCUUUGGUUUGACGCCCCGUGGUGGCACCCCCACCCCAGUAGAAGUCCGUGUCGCCGGCGAUCGCAGCCGUUCCAUCUCGCCCCGGCCCUCCUCGGCCUUCGAGCACCGCGCCAUACGGGCGGCGUCGCCCACGCGACGGCCCAGCUCGGCACAGCAGAUUAGAUCCGUUGAUGCGAGCCUACCAGCGUCGCAGCAAACAUCAACUGCAGAUGUCCAGAGGCUUGGCCGCAAAGCAGCACCAGAUUUGUGGGAUAGGGCGGCCCGGCCGCCGGAGCCCGUGAAGGCGCUAGAGAUGCCGCCAGAGGACCGCGGCGGCGACUCGGCGCCGCCCUCCUUCCGGCCCGACGGCACCGCGGGGACGACGGCAGGCAACGAGACCACGUCGAUGACACAGCAGACGGGACAUGAUCCCUGGGAUGAUGACUUCGAGGACGAAACUACCGAGUCACACCCCCAGCGGACAGCAGCCUCGGCAGCCACGCCAGCACUCACAGUGCCCGUUGGGCCAUCGGCAUUAGCUGUGCCACCCUCUUCAUCUCCACCGUCUGCAUCACCAUCAUCUGCUGGAUCCGCCACGCCUUCCAACAAACGGCACCUGGAGGAUUUGGCAAAGCGCCUGGUGCAGAAAUAUGGCAUCGCGGCGAAGCCUACGGAACUGCUGAAGCGGCCGGGUCAACCUUGGACUCCUGAGGCCUUGCUGGACUUGAACGAGUUCAAGAGCAAGUUGUAUCACCUCGGAGUUUUUAGUGAUCCGUACGGCGGCUUCAACUUUGCAGGGCUGUUCAAAGAGAUGGCCGAGCACACGGAUAGAGCCAGUCUUGAAGACUUAAUCGACGGCCUCCAGCCCUUCUUCGAGGAUGAUGUUGGGACUCCAAGCGAGUCACCAAAGGCUAGCGUUUCAGCCAGCCCUGUCAGCGAAGAGGUUCCUGCAGGGAGGCAGACCCCUGCAGUCGAUGACUAUGGCGAAGAUGAGUUUGAGGAUGAGGAGCCAGUGGCUGUUCCAGCUGCUGUUCCGGCAAAGGUGCCAGCCCCAGCUGCAGUUGCGGUGCCUGCGCCUAUGCCAGCACAGCCACCUGCGCCUUCAGCGGCUUCCGUGUCGCAGCCAAAGGACACUAGCGAUUAUGGGGAAGAAGACUUCGAAGAUGAGGAAUCAUCAGCUCCAGCUCCAGCUCGAGCCGCCACACCUUCACAGCCUGCGCAGCCUGCGCAGCCGCAAGCUGCAGCUCCAGCGACUCAGGCUCAGGACAUUGCCAGCGACUACGGCGAAGACUUCGAAUCUGAGGAGCCGCCUGCGCUGCCUGCGGCGUCCCGGCCAGCUCCAGCGCAGCCACCGCAGCCAGCGAAGCCGGCGCCCAAGGACUUCGAUUCCAGGAUGGAUUCAGAAGACGUGAGCGUUGCACUGGACGAGGAUGAAAGGAUCAGCGUGGCAUCGCCAUCGCGAUCGGCAUCCGAACAAGGUGGGGGAAUGAAGCACUAUCAGACGGAUGACUUCGAUGAAGUUGCUUCAGAGGAUGAGGAGGAGGAGGAGAUCGCAUUUUCGCCUCCAAGACCUGUGUCCCCCCCAAAGCCUGCCGCACCAGCGGCCAUGCCGCCGAGCGGGCCUCCAGCCAUGGCAAUGCCACCAUCGAUGCCACCAGAAUUUGGUAUGGUAUCAAUGGACCAGUACGACGAGCCCUUUGAGGUGCAGAGUGACAUGGCAGAAAGUAUCUCCGAUGAUGGUCCAAUCUACGCUGACAAGGUGAGCGAAGGCUCAGGGCAGCAUGACUACGCGGAGAAUUUCGACAACUACAGCGAUGGCAUUGAAGAGGUGCCGGAGGUGGAUUCCGAAGGUGAA